AUGUCUUCUUCUCAAUCUGGUGAAUUUAGCAAACACAUCGCCACGGACGGUAGUGAAUCUCAGGUUCAGCCUCCACGUAGACGGCACAGAGAGUGUGUUGCGUCGCCUCAAACUCACUCUAAGUCGUCUGGCGACGGGACGAUAGGGAACACGCUUGACAGUGAGCAGUACGGCGAGGAACAAAUCGAACCACUUGACCUGAGUGUUCGACCCAAACCUCCUCCAGCUACUACUUGUGAAGCUUCAUCGACUUGUCUUCACGGGACACCAUCCAACACCCAACCCAAUUCAUCCGACACAAAUGCAAACCUCCUCUUUCCCAACCUACUGCAACCACUAGGAACCCAUACACAGACACAUCGAACGACUUUCCAAGAAGUUACAGUGCAUGAGUGCAAGCAAAUGGAGUCGGAAAAUCAGGAUCAUACCGCGAAAUGUGGCACCCAGGAUGCCUCAAACUCUUCAGGUCACAUCUCCAUCGACGACUGCAGCACCGAGUCGACAUCGAUACCUGGAACGUGGAAACGAAAAUAUGCGCGUUUUUCAGAGGAGCAAAUUCGGGAGCUGGAAAAUCGGUUUAUUACAAAUACCAAUAUCUCUCUAAGCGAAUGCGUCGAACUAGGUGGACGCUUGGGUCUCACUGCUAGGCAGGUAAGGUGUUUGCGUAAAAUUUUAGUCGAACCAGGGCAUUCAUGA